AUGAUUGCCAUAGUUUUCAGCCCUCCUGGAGCUACUAGUGGAUUUUCCAGCUCAGUUACCGAUAGCGGAGGGAACAAUCUUCUUACCGUUCGAACAACAAGCAAUACAUCCAAUGUGGAAAACCCUCCGACUAGCUGUAUGGUCGCUGUCAGGUCUCGUCUGCAAACAACAGGCCUUUCACCAGAGGUGUGCAAAAUUUUGUUGGCCUCCUGGCGAACAAGCACUCAGAAGAGAUACGAAGGACCUUGGCAACAGUGGGCUAGCUGGUGUCUGGAAAGGAAUAAAUGUCCCUUUUCAGCUCCUGUGGCAGAUGUUUUAGAUUUUCUAUCUGGACAGUUUAACAACCGCAAUCUCGCUUACAGAACAGUGGGUGUAUACAAAGCAUGUAUCUCACAGAUGCAUGAUCCAAUUGAUGGCUUGCAGCUUGGUAGCCUACUCCUGGUAUCACGCUUCAUGAAAGGUAUCUUCCAACUACGACCCGCAACUCCUCGAAUUUGUACGACUUGGCAAGUGGGUCCUGUACUGAGAUAUUUGUCGUCCCUACAACCUGUGGAACAACUUUCCCUGAAAGUUCUGAGUUUGAAGCUAACCACUCUACUGGCAUUGACCUGAACUGCAAGGGCUCAUGAAAUUGCGGCCCUUCACCUCGAUUAUCUUUCAAAGAAAGUCGACAGUUCACUGUUGUGAGUUCAUUAUUCACACUCACGUAAAAAAUUCGAGGCCAUAUCAUCCUCCUCGGAAGAUAUUCCUGGGACGUUAUCAACAAGAUUUCUCCAUUUGUGUUGUGAGGUGUUUGGAACAUUAUCUCCAACGCACCAGUAGCCACAGACGGUACAAGGAACUUUUACUGUCAUAGGUCAAUCCAUACAAACCUGUAGGAAGUCAAACCGUAUCAAGAUGGAUAUGCACAUUGAUUCGGUUAGCUGGAGUGGAUGUCUGCUACACAGGACAUUCUACCAGAGCUGCGUCAACUUCGGAAGCGGUCGACAACGGAGUGCCUCUAGAAGUCGUUUUGGAAGCUGCAGACUGGUCCUCAGCACAAACAUUUGAGAAACAUUACCACAAAAGAGCUGAUAAAGCUCGAUUUGCUCACAAG